UCUCUAAUUGAUUAACAGUUAAUUAAUUUUAUCGAAUGAUUUUAUUAGCGUCUUAAAAUCUAAAAGAUGUUAAAUCGUUGUGCUUUGAUUUUCAUCAUUUUUCAUUGAUAUUCUUGUGGUUAGAAGAGUAAAGUUUUUAAACUCUGUUGUUCUGUAUUUUUAUUCACAUGUUUCACUUUCUAAAGUGAAUUUUGUUUAAUUUAAUCGCUUCUUUAAUGAUUAAUAAUCUCUAAAUUACUAUCAUUUCCUGUUGUUCAUGAUUGUUUCUCAAAAUGGUUUCCAUUAUGUGUUUACCCCUGUUAUCUAAGUCAACCAAAUCACCGGUUAAAUGUUCAAUGUUGACUGCUCCUAAUCUGUUGGAAAUGAUAAUAAGAAACCGAACUGUUUUUGCUAAUGAUAAAUUUCGUCCCAGAAAUGAUGCUACUCGGACGAAACUAUUAUCAGAAAAUUACAUGGAAAAAAUGCGACAAAAAUACCAAGUCAGGUUACAGAAAAGAUUAAGGCCUAAAGGAGUUCGUCUAAGUGAAGGAGUUCCAGUGUCUUUAUUAACGGAGAUCGAUGAAGGCCUGAAAUCGGUUCUCAGACGGAGACAAAGAGUAUUGGAUAAAAUAUUCAUGGAAAAUAUUACCGAGAUUCUUUCAACCAAUCCAAUUGGAGAUUUUAUCAACCAAAUGGAUGUUAUGAUCACGCAGUGUGAAGUGACCAAAGAUUGUAAAAUAUUACAUGUUUUCUAUUAUUGUGAUAAAUCAAAAGCGAAACAAGUGGUAACAGAAUUGAACAAAAUUAAGGAGAUGAUUAGAUCUUUAUUGACUCAAAAAUAUAUUAUGGGAAAAAUUCCAACAAUUGAGUAUAUUUAUGAUCUUGCCUACGAUCAAAAUUCUGUAUUGACUGAACGAUUUGCGUUAAUGGAUUUUGGUCCUAAUGAAAAGGAAAAGGAAAUUAAUCUUGAAGAGAAUCGACAACAUGAUUCACCAAUAACAUCACAAAAGGUUGGCGGUGGUGAUGGAGGAAGUAAUGAAGAGUUUAUCCCUCCAAUACCCGAUUCUGAGCCAUUCAAAUUCCUGCGAAAAGCAAGAAGAGCAAAAGAAUUGACACAUUUUGAUCCAGAAUAUGCUUUCCAAUUUACUCAAAAUCCUUACGAUAAUCAAAAGGCUUUAUCACGAUUUCUCACAUUUAAUCAUCCAGAAGACAUGAGGUUGGACACUUUUAGUCUUGAUUAUAAGAACAUAAUCAACAAGUUGUUAUUUAAUCUAGUUAAAAGUCGAUCUCCUUCACAAGCGUUUAAUCCGAUCUCUGAUCCAUUACCACCGGUUGAUUGGUCUUCGGUUAAACCAAUGCCUCGAAUACCACCCGAUAUGAAUGAUCCUGCACAAAAUUUCAAAGGACGUGUAAUUGUAAUGAGAAAAUUUCUCAUCGAGAAUCGGAAAAAGAAACAACUUCUUUCUCGACAAGCUAAACGAAUCAAAGAGGAAAUGUCACUGGAAGCCUCCAAUAAUCUUAAUCAAGCUCUGGAAAAUAUUGGAUUUACGGCCGAUUAUCCUGGAAACAGCACCAGUUUCUCACCACUAGAUGAUUAUGAGUAUUUACAUUCAAAAUUAGACAGGAUGGAGGAGAUGAUUGAUAAUAAAGAAGAUAAUUGAUUAAUAAGACAGAGCAGGUUGAUUCGUAAAUAUAUAGUCAAUAUGAAGCAGGAAUAUCU